AUGGCAUUGGAGUUUGAAGUUAGGUUGAUGGAAAGAUUUCAAUGGAACACAUUUGAAGAGGUUGAAAUAAAGCUGUCUUUAUUGGUCAUAGAAAAAUUUCAAGAUAAAAUUCAUUUACAAACCUCCCAUGUCCACAAUCGCACUGUCACUAGGAGCCUGUCCCUUAUGGAUAUUGGCUACACCACUGUCAUACCCCAAAUGCUCACCAAUUUCCUGUCCAACGGUAAAGGUAUUUCCCUUGAUGGAUGUGCAGCCCAGAUGUAUUUUGCCUUCUUUUUCGGUUCCGCAGAAUGUGGGAUCCUGACAACGAUGGCUUGUGACAGACAUGCCACCAGCUGUGAUCUGCUCCACUAUUCACUCAUCAUGAACCGAAGGUUCUGUCUGAAGCUGCCCUUGUCUUCCUGGCUAUCAGUGAUUCCCGUAGCAACAAUACAGACUGCAAUGAUGUUUUCAUUGCCCUUCUGUGGGCCUAAUGUAAUUAACCAUUUCUUCUGUGAUAGCCCUCCUCUCUUAGACCUGGUGUGCACGGACAAAUUCACGCUUGAGAUAUACAGUGUAGCCAUGACUGUUAUCGACCUUAUGCUUCCCUUUGGAAUGAUUGUUGUAUAUUAUGUCUGCAUCCUCAUCACCAUCCUGAAGAUGUCCUCCACCGAGAGCUAUCACAAAGCCUUCUCCACCUCCUAA